AUGAUCUUCUCUUUCUUAUCUCUCACUUUCUCUUUCCCAGUAACCAUAUCUCAAUUUCUUAUCUCUCUCUCUCUCUCUCUCUCUCUCUCCCUUUCUUUCUCUAUAAUCGCCGCUCUCUUUCUAACAUGCAUAACAGGACGAGGCAACACUGCUAACCUUGCUCUAUGCUAUACCGGGGUACGAUUCCGAUGGUAUGAAGGUGUUUCCAGAGAUUCUUUGGGAUCGACCCAUGAUACCACAACCUUGGCGUGUACAUUACACAUUCUCUCAACAGAUAUGCCAAACAAUCAGCUACCAGUCCUGGAAAUCGAUGGCAAGUAUAAACUUCCACAGAGUUUGACCAUAGCCCGAUAUGUGGCACGGUUGUAUGGAAUGGCCGGGAAAGACCUUUUCAGCGAAGCAUGGGCUGAUUACAUUGUGGAAACUUUCGAUGAUUUGCACGUGGAAUUCGGUAAAACCCUGAAUGAAAAAGAUGAACAGAAAAAGGCGAAGCUGACCCGGACAUUUCGAGAAACAAUUCUUCCGAGAUUUCUGAACAACAUGGAGAAAACUCUGAAAACGAAUUGCGGCGGGGAAGGCUACUUCGUUGGUGAUUCAUUGACCUGGGCGGAUUUGCAAGCAUACCACAUACUAGACAUUACCACAUACGACUGCCCGGAGGUUCUGAAGGAUUAUCCCAAGUCUGAUCUCUCUCUCUCUCUCUCUCUCUCUCUCUCUCUCUCUAUCUAUCUAUCUAUCUAUCUAUCUCUCCCGUCAGAAUUUUUGUAA